UUUUGUCUUCAGUGGAGACUCUUCCCCGCAAGUACUCGUAGUCUUCAUUUCCCCCGACACUUAUCAAGUGCAAUGCAGUUUCGCUACGUUUUGCUGUUGGUCGGUGCCGCUUUCUUUGCAGGUGGAAACGCUGCAAUGGCGACGAUGGAUUCUCAGUUGAGUGUUGCUAAGGUCCGACGUAUUCCUGCCAAGCGAGUGUUGCGAGCGCUCAACGAAGAACCUGAUGACGGCGAGGAGAGAGGGCCUUUCACCAGUGUCAGUAUCUCCCAGAGCCUCAGUAACUGGAUAAACAAAGCUGGACCGAAGCUUCUACUGAAUGACGACGAGAUUUUGGUGCUGGCAAGUAAGGCGGAGCACACACCGAUCAAAGUCUUAAAAACGCUGGAGCUUGACACCAGACUGCAUGGGAUCCUCAGGAAUCCCAACCUAAAGUCAUUUUCUCGCUAUCUCGAAUUAAGGGGAGAAGAUCCGACGAAGGCGUUGGUUGCGACGUUGAUCAAGCAAUAUGGAGACACUGAAGUUGCGAAAUAUCUCUUUGACGUGAAGCACAAUUCGAAAAUCGCGGACGAGAGUAUCAAAAAGCAUGCGGACAUUUUGCUAGGCGCACAGUACGCCAAGUGGGCCGAUGAUGGGGUGACACCAAGAACGGUAGGCGUUAAUUUCGACCACUAUCCUGAAACAUGGGGCAAGAACCCGUACGAAAAGGUGUGGUGGGAAUACCUUGACGUGUGGGCUGAACGCGAGAGUAAAAAGGUAACCAAACGAAAUAAGACCAGGAAAUGAUGCGUUAAUACAUGCAACAAUGGGCUAGCCACUUCUACGAUCA